AUGCAAAAUCAAAAACCAAAAACACACUCUUAUGAUGAUGGUGGUUCAUUUGGUCUUUAUGGUAAUGAUGGUUCGUUUGGUCCUUAUAGUGAUGGUGGUUCGCCUGAUCCUUAUGGUGAUGGUGAUUCAAUUGGUACUUCUGGUGAUGGUGGUUUAUUUG